AUGGCCGGCAACGAGUCAGUUCGUCGGGACACCAACGACAACAAGGUGUCACUCGUUAUUGGCAUCGCUACUUUUCUCAUGAUCACAUCGACGCUGAUGGUGGUGCUGCGGGUUGUGAGCCGAGCCACGGUGAAGCAAUUUAGGCUAGACGAUAUGGCCGCUAUCGCGUCUUUGUUGGCCAUGAUAGGCUGUGGUACUGCAAUAACAUCAAUGACACGGUUCGGUCUUGGAAGACAUGUUUCUACCGUUUCAAGUGAGAAUCUAAUUCUCUUCGUAAGAUGUUUUUGGGUGUCCGUCUUUUUCUACAUGCUAUCACUGUUCUUUAUCAAGAUGUCCUUUCUAUUCAACUACCACCGCCUCCUAGCCGCCUCGAGGCUACGGCGCUACUGCAUCGGAGCGAUGGUACUAAUUGUACUCUGGGGUGGUGGUGUCUGCAUCCUCGUCUUGGUCAUGUGUAUUCCUCUUGAAGGUGUCUGGGACCCAAACGUUGAUGCGAAGUGCGUCCCGCAUAUUACCGUGAUGUGGUGGUUCAACGGCGUUUUCAACUCCAUCGGCGACCUCUUCAUUCUGGCGCUUCCAAUUCCGGCUCUGUGGCGACUCCAGUUGCCACGCCGACAGAAGGUUUACUUAUUAUUUAUUUUUAGCCUCGGCUUUCUGACGGUGGGAAUUUCCAUUGCGAGGAUGCGAUGGCUCAAGAUGGACGACGACAUGACAUGGUGGAAUGUCACCCCUGCGCUCUGGUCUCUCGGCGAGCUGACGUCUGCCAUUUCUUGCUCCUGUCUACCAUUCUUCAAACCCUUAACACUCCGCGUUAAGUCCUCCCUCAGUCGUGUCACUGCUGGCUGUGAUCACCCACGAGUGACUGGAGGCGAAGGAGACGAGGAGUCUAAUACUCAUCCAAGUCUCGGCGUUGGGCAAAAGGGGUUCACCCAAAGUAGCAAUCCGAUGGUCAGUAAGGAUGGAAGCCAGCAUGAGCUGGUAGAAUCAAUAUAG